GAAGGCCCAGCAACAACAUUCUGGAUCUACCAGUAUACAUGUGUGUCUGUAUGGAAAGCAAGAAUGGGAAAUGGCUGGUGAGAACCGCUCAGUUGUGACACACUUCUUCUUUGAGCCUCUCUCAAACAUCUUCGAAGUCCAAGCCACCCUUUUCUUCCUAGUCCUGCUUAUGUUCAUCAUUGACUUAGGGGGAAACAUCCUGAUCAUUGUGAUCACCCUGGUAGACCCUGUCCUUCACUCCCCCAUGUAUUUCUUCCUCAGAAAUCUGUCCUGUGUGGAAAUCAGUUACACCUCUUCGACAAUCCCCAAUAUGCUAUUGAGUUUCUUUUCCAAAGAGAACAGGAUCUCCUUUCUGGGCUGUGCCAUGCAGAUGAGUUUCUUUGCCCUUUUAGGGAUCACAGAGUGUUUUGUGCUUGCUGCCAUGGCAUAUGACCGCUAUGUGGCCAUCUGUCACCCUCUGCACUACAUGACCAUAAUGAGUCAGAGAGUUUGCUUCCAGCUUUUAGCUGUGUCCUGGCUCAUGGGUGUGCUGGUUGGUGUAGGGCAGACAACUUCAAUAUUCACAUUGCCCUUCUGUGGCCCGAAUAGAAUAAACCACUUCUUCUGUGAUGUGCCUCCACUGCUGAAGCUUGUCUGUGUGAACACUUACAGGAAUGAAAUCAUCAACUAUGCCAUCACUAUCAUCUUCAUUAUGGUGCCCUUCAUGCUCAUCCUUGUGUCCUAUGCCUGUAUUCUGCUAACCAUCCUCAAGAUACCAUCAGCUGAGAGUAGGAGAAAAACUUUCUCCACUUGCUCUUCCCACCUCAUCGUAGUCACUCUGUUUUAUGGAUCUGGCAUUGUGACUUACCUAAGGCCCAAAUCCUUCUACUCACUCAGCUAUGACAAACUGCUUUCCCUAUUCUAUACACUUGUGUCUCCAGUGCUGAACCCUUUGAUCUACAGUCUGAGGAAUAAGGAAGUAAAGCAAGCAUUGAAAAGACUGUUAAGCAGAAAAAUAUCUCUUUGAACUGUGUAAAACAAAGCUAUUUUAUAUAUUGUUUGAUGAAUUAACUGUAGCCUAUAAUAACCUAUGUGAAAUAUAUUAUCAACACAUUGUCUAUAAAUAUUGCAUACUUCAGUCAUAUAUUGGGUUAUUUCAACCACCAGGUAGUCAAGGAUCUACCCCAGAAAGUGAAAGAUUGUCUAUGAAAGACCUCCUCUGAAAUCAGCCAAGUAAUAUACUGCGAUGCCUAUUUAUCAUGCUAUAAUAUAAAAUAAAUUUGCAUAUAUGUAUAAGCAUGUAUGUAAUUAGACAGCUAAUAUCCUUAAACAUUGGACUAAAGUGACAUUAAUAGGCCUAGAGGAAAGCCAGUAACAGAGGAGAGAAACAAAUUUGUGAGAAAUUAUGGAAGUAGCUAUGUGGUGGGAUAUUCUUCUCAAAGGUAAUUUAUUCUUGUGCCAAAGGAGAAGCUGGGAGUGUUGGAUUUUAGCCUGCAACCUUUUCGUUGCUAGUGUGGCUGAAGGAACCUGAAGACAAAAAGAGAGGCUAUGAGAGAUGUGGUGAGUGUCACAAAAAUAGUCCAGUGCAGACUGGGAGAGAAGGUCCCAGGAUGGACAGAGAGAAAAGUAAUAGCCCCCAGGGGCACGUCCACACACACAGGCACUUGCAGUAGUUCAAAUAG